UUUUUAAGUUCAAAUAUAAUAUUAUGUUACAAUUUGAGCAAUGAACUAUAGUCUUACAUUUAAAUAUUUCAACUUAAAUAUACUAAUUAUUUCGUUUUGAUAUGAUCUCGAUUAACCGAAGUUAUUCAAUGGCUACCAAAGGAAGAGUUUUAAUUGGAGGUGGUACGGGAUUUGUUGGAAAAUCUCUGAAACAAUAUCUUAAGGAUCACAAUUAUGAUGUUACAAUUAUAUCCAGAAAAACCAAUGCAAAGACAUCUGAUUCCAUUAUAAGUUGGGAUCAAAUAAAAAAAAAUGAAAUACCAUCUGAUACCGUUGCAGUUAUUAAUGCAGCUGGUGAACCAAUUCUUGAACCUUCAAAAUUUUGGACUGAAAAAUUUAGAAAAUCUGUGUGGGACAGUAGAGUUUUGACUAAUCAAUACCUUAUCAAUGCGAUUAAUCAAAUGAAUCCACCAAAACCAAAAUUAUUUAUAUCAUUUUCUGGAAUUGCAAUAUAUCCACCUAAUACAGAUAAGUCUAAACCCUACUCAGAAAGUUAUAUUUCUGAAGAAUUUGACUAUUUAUCAAAACUAGUCAUUGGGAUUGAAAGUAGUGCUCAGCCCAAAUCUAGUGACCUACGUUCAGUAAUUUUUAGAUUAGGAGUUGUACUUGGCCGACAUGGUGGAUUUAUAAGUCAACUAUAUUUAUUUUUUCGCUUUGGUUUGGGAAUAUGUAUGGGUACAGGUACACAGUUCUUUCCAUGGAUACACAUUGAUGAUGUUUGUCGUAUGGUAUUGUUUUCUAUUGAAAAUAAUGAAGUCAAAGGUGUUGUAAAUGGAGUUGCACCAGAAAUAAUUUCUCAUUAUUACUUUGCUAAGAGUUUUGUUGAAGUAUUUGGUCAUAGUUUUGUAUUGAAAGUUCCUGAAUUUAUUUUCAAGAUAAUAUUUGGUACAGAACGAGCAAAAAUGAUUUUGGAAGGCCAAGCUGUUGAACCCACCAAACUUAAGUCCCUAAAUUUUUCUUAUAAAUUUCCUGAUAUUAAAACAGCAUUGCAUAGGGUAUCUCAAGAAUAGUAUGAUUUAUAAAUUAUUUUGAUAUCUUUCAAAAAAUUUGCAUGUUUCAAAUAAACACAGCUAAGUAGACUAAUGGUUCUUAUAAUGCUUCAUCUCCUGUUUGAUAGAGUUCAGAUUGUCCAUUUCUAUGUGUUAAAGGUUGUUUUUC